AUGGCGCGUAUGGUCACAUCCCCUUGUCCAGGGGACCACGUUCCGACCACAAAGCCAAAGGACGCCGUCAACCAGAAAAAGGCCCGCCACGCGAGCCCAAGUACCAGCCAGGAUAUGCUCAACCCCAUCGCGUCUCCAGGGCAAUCGACCGAUGUAGCGACCGAAGACUUCGAAAUCGCCUCGGCAUUGAAGCUCAUCGCCGUCUCUGUGACUCAGCAGCGUUGCCUCGCCACCAAAUCCCUCAUCAUACACCCAAUUACCCUAGCUCUGGUAGCCGUGAGUUUCGCUUACAGCAUCGGUGCCGUUUACCAUGACCCAUCUGGUUGGCCUUACAUCGUGAUUAUCUGCGUCACCGCGGUAUCGGCAACCUUGGGCAUUGUCGCACGCUUGGUCGGGAGAUAUAAAGAUGAGGCUGAGAAAGUCGGAACACUGAACUGGUUGUACGGGCACGAUCCUGAUGUCGGUGCUACCACUACUCAGGAGGACCCUGCCUUUAACUCGGAUAGUGGAGUUACGUUUGUACUUGUUCAUCGAUUCGGGGGCCGCAUUGUUGGUACCCUUGUUAUGAGCAUCGCGUACCGCGGCAUCCAACCCCAUCCAAAAGCCAACCCAAGGACUCUUCCAACGGGCGAAAACUACGAUGCUUUCAUACGUGCCUGGACAGUUCAGCAAGGCUUUCGUGGCUACGGAGUUGGCGCUGCGCUCCUCAACGAAGCUGUCAUGAUCUUCUAUGAGCAUAAGUGGAAAGGACUCCGGUUCGCGGAUUCCCACGCUAACUCUCUUCGCGUCUUUCCCUGCAUCUUACAUUAUGACAUGGAUCAAAGUUCCACCAUGUGGAGCUCGUAUCUGCGCAAGCGGACUGAGGCUCAUCGUCAAUCUCGUGCUGUUUUGGAAGCUCGAAUCAUCGAUGCAUCCCUGCAUGCGAGGGAUAACCAGUGCCCGAUGGCGGAUACAAAUAUGCGGUUGAUUUGUACUCAGGUGAAGCUAGAGGAGUUGAUCCGAAGUUACUUCAAUGUGCGCCUUGAAAAAGCAGUAGAAGCUCAGACCCGAUGGGAGAAAAUCUCGUAA